AUGGCCGACAACUCGACUGAGAACAGGGCUCCCCCUCAAGGCGGCAUCCUUGAGGGCGGCAAUCCAUCCCACUAUGAUCCUAAAAAUCCCAUUGUCAUUUUCAUCAUACAGGCCUUCAUCAUCAUCGUACUCUGUCGGUUGCUCCACUGGCCUCUCUCCAAGAUCCGCCAGCCUCGUGUCAUCGCAGAAGUCAUUGGCGGCAUCAUACUUGGGCCUUCGGUAAUGGGACGGAUCCCCGGAUUCACCGAGUCGAUUUUCCCUCAAGAGUCGAUUCCAAAUUUAAAUCUAUUCGCCAAUGUCGGCCUAGUUCUGUUUUUGUUCCUGGUCGGGCUCGAAACCAACCUACGCUUCUUGGUCAGUAACUGGCGGAUCGCUGGCAGUGUCUCGGCCGCCGGCAUGAUCCUACCUUUCGGGCUUGGAGGCGCCGUUUCUUACGGUCUAUAUCAUGAGUUUCGCGACGAGCCAGGCAUCAAGCAUAUUGAAUUUGGCACCUACCUGCUUUUCAUCGGUAUUGCCAUGGCUAUUACAGCCUUUCCGGUUCUAUGCCGUAUCUUGACUGAACUGAAACUGCUCAGCACUAAUGUCGGUGUCAUCGUGCUCUCCGCGGGCGUCGGAAAUGAUGUCGUUGGCUGGAUAUUACUCGCGCUUUGCGUUGCUCUUGUAAACGCCGGUAGUGGUCUCACUGCUCUAUGGGUCCUACUCGUCUGCGUCGGCUACGUUUUGUUCCUCUGCUUAGUGUUCCGACCCCUGUUCUUACGCUUCCUCAACUACACUGGCAGUUUGCAGAAAGGCCCUAGCCAAGAAGUGGUCAUGGUCACGAUCAUGUGUGCGCUUGCGUCUUCUUUCUUCACCCAAGUCAUCGGCGUUCAUGCUAUCUUUGGCGGAUUUUUGAUCGGCCUACUCUGCCCUCACGAGGGUGGAUUUGCAAUCAAGCUAACCGAGAAGAUUGAGGAUCUGGUAACGGCAAUCUUCCUGCCGUUGUACUUUACGCUUUCUGGUCUCCAGACAGACCUGGGAUUGCUUGACUCAGCUAUCACAUGGGGUUAUGUUGUUGCUGUUAUCUUAAUCGCCUUUGUCGCCAAAGUCGCUGGCGGGACGCUUGCCUCAAGAGUUUGCGGCCUCCUCUGGCGGGAGAGUUUCACGAUUGGAGUUCUUAUGAGCUGUAAAGGCUUGGUAGAGCUUAUUGUCUUGAAUAUCGGUUUACAAGCAGAAAUUCUGAGCAAUCGUACCUUCACCAUCUUUGUCGUCAUGGCGCUCGUGACUACGUUUGCGACUACCCCUUUGACCACUUUGCUAUACCCCAAGUGGUAUCAAGACAAGGUCGACCGAUGGCGCCGCGGCGAGAUCGACUGGGACGGAAACCCGGUCCAGAGUAGUGAACGCAGCGACAGUGUAGCUGCUGCUAAAGAACAUCUUCAGUCGAACAAGAUCCGGAGACUCCUCGUUUACCUGCGUCUCGAUGGUCUUUCCACUAUUUGCACACUUGCGGCCCUUCUUGGACCCAACCAACCGCCAACCCCAAAAGUUCACCCAGAGAAAGCGCCAGAAGGCAGAGCGACUGAGCAAGGGACUGAGGAAUCUGCUGUAAACGAAGAAGAGGAUACUUCACUCAAGGUCCAUGGAAUUCGCCUGAUGGAACUCACUGAUCGAGACUCUAGUGUGAUGAAAGUAUCCGAGGUCGAUGAACAAUCACUCUGGGACCCGGUCAUUAACACUUUCCGGGCCUUUGGUCAAUGGCAUAAUAUCUCAAUUAUGGCUGGUGUGUCUGUGGUCCCCGAGCACACUUACGCAGAUACUGUGCUUGGAAUGUCCCGUGAGGACUUUGCAGACCUUCUCCUCAUCCCGUGGAGCGAGACCGGUGCCCUGAGCGAACACCAAGGCGGACUCGAUAUGGAUGAGCACAACCGCUUCGCCAACGGACCAUACGCAGGCUUUGUCUCCAAUAUCCUGACUCGAAGUUCAUGCAAUGUUGGAGUCCUUGUCGAACGCAGCAUGUACACCCGCAAUGCAAAGGCUCGACCUGCUUUACAACGAACCCUAAGUGCUAGAAGCAUAGGUAGCGCAAUCUACACCAGCCCCGCUGCUACACGUUCUCACCACAUCGUCCUACCCUUUUUCGGCGGCGACGACGACCGCUUCGCCCUUCAGUUCGUCCUUCAACUAGCACAGAAUGACCAGGUCACAGCGACUAUCAUCCACAUCGACCUCCCUGCCACAAUUCCACAACCUAGACACAAUACCUCUGACCCCGAAUCCGAUAUCACCUUCUUUGAGACCCUCCGCGACUCCCUCCCUGACGCGCUCUCAUCCCGUGUCAUAUUCAAACGCAUUACUCUGGGCGCAGGCCGUGACGAGAGCGCUGUCCAGCUCGCCAUCGACAGCGUAAAGGAAGAAAUGUCGCAGUCGGCGCAUAAACCGGGUAACAUCACGAUCGUUGGACGGCACAACAACCGCGUUGAUCAAACAUUGGAGAUUGGCGCGCCGUCUUCUGAUGAGGUCGGGUCGGAUACACGCAGGGUUUUGGGCGCUGUUGCGCAGGCGAUGGUGCGCACUGAGCAUAGAACUGUCGGUAAUGUGCUUGUUCUCCAGGCGGCUGGCCGUAGACAUGACUAG